CCCGCCCCCCCCCCCCCCCUCGGUCCGGAACUCGGCGGCGGGGCCGGGACCGGGGCCGGGCCGGGGCAGGAUGCGGGGCCGGGACGAGGAGUACGACUGCCUCUUCAAGGUUGUGCUCAUCGGGGACUCUGGCGUGGGGAAGAGCAACCUGCUGUCCCGCUUCACCCGCAAUGAGUUCAACCUGGAGAGCAAGAGCACCAUCGGGGUGGAGUUUGCCACGAGGAGCAUCCAGGUGGACAACAAGACCGUGAAAGCUCAGAUCUGGGACACGGCCGGGCAGGAGCGGUACCGGGCCAUCACCUCGGCGUAUUACCGGGGGGCCGUGGGAGCUCUGCUCGUCUACGACAUCGCCAAGUACCUGACAUACGAGAACGCCGAGCGCUGGCUGAAGGAGCUGCAGGACCACGCCGACGCCAACAUCGUCAUCAUGCUGGUGGGCAACAAGAGUGACCUGCGGCACCUGCGGGCUGUGCCCACCGACGAGGCCAGGAGCUUUGCAGAGAAGAACGGGCUGUCCUUCCUCGAGACGUCGGCUCUGGACUCCACCAACGUGGAGACAGCUUUCCACAGCAUCCUCACGGAGAUCUACCGCAUCGUGUCGCAGCGGCAGAUCACCGGCCAGCCCGAGGCUGAGUUCGGCCCCAGCACGACCGUCGAGCCCGUCCGGGUGCUGCCCACGCAGCAGGAGGGCCGCCAGGCGCCCUGCUGCCAAAACAUCUGAGCCCCCGCUGCCCCCCGCCGCCCCGCGCACGGAGCCGUCGCCUUUCUCACCCUCUACCUCUGCUCGCUGCAGCCCCCCCCUGGGAAAGGGAUGGGGCUGGCGGCCGCUUCUUCUGCACGGCCGCUCCUGUGCGCGCCGGGGCCGUGCCGCCUUGUGCUGCUCUCCCUGUGUUUGUGUAGGACCUACAGGAAUGGAGAGGAAAAGCUUUCCCUGAGCCGUGUCUCCCCACCAGUGCCUCUCUUCCCCAGGGUUCGGGACGUGUCACCCUUCACGUCCUUGCUUUCUCCAGCCCCGAAGUCACCUUAGGGUGACACCAAACAAGCCCAAACGCAGCGAAUCCCUUGCCCGGUACCCAGGUUUUUGUGGCACCCAUGGGUGCAGCCCUUUGGGGAAGGUUUUGGGGAUGGUGGGGGGCCAGGGUGCACCCUUCUUUCUGCCUCCAAGAGACGGGGUGCACCCAGCCCCGGGCACGGCUCUGGGUGUGGAUGGGGCACCUUGCUGGGGGGGGGGGGUGCAGGGGGCGAUUCCCUCCUUGGGCCCCGUUUUUGUGCCCUGAGCCCCUUUGAGGCACCCCUGCAGCGCAGCCAGAACAGAG